AACCCCACUAAUGCUUCCUUAUAUGGAGUGAGAUCAAUCAAACAACAUGUUCAAUUUAUAAAUAAAAACUAUAUAGUUGCCACAUAUUGUCACAAAAGCAUCAAAAGUAUAUUUAUGUUUCAGUCUCUAUUACAAGUAACUCUUCUAAAAAAAGCUAAUGGAUCAACAAAACCAAACCAUGCGUUUGGUUCUUUCCACUGAUGCUAAGCCUAGGUUGAAAUGGACUCAUGAACUUCACCAAAGAUUCACUGAUGCUAUUCACCAACUUGGAGGUGCAGAAAAAGCAACACCGAAGAGUUUGAUGAGGGCGAUGGCGAUUCCGGGACUCACUUUGUAUCAUCUCAAGAGUCAUUUACAGAAAUAUAGACUUGGAAAAAACCAACUCAUAGAAACCUGUUCCGAUGACAAACAAGAUUACAUAGAGAUUCAAAGUAGUGACAGUCAAUGCGGCAGAGAAAUCAGUGUCGCGAACCAGAAUCAAACGACGGAAAGUUCGAAGAUUGCUGAGGCGCUUGAGAUACAAAUGGAAGUACAAAAGAAACUCUAUGAACAAAUUGAGGUGCAGAAACAUUUACAGUUUAGAAUUGAAGCGCAAGGAAAGUACUUACAAUCGGUACUAAUGAAGGCGCAAGAAGCACUUGCAGGAUACGGUUCUUCAUCUUCGUCCGCGUCUGGUGUAGAACAUGCUAAAGCUGAACUUUCUCAGUUAUUAUCAACAAUCAACAAUGCAUCUCCUAGUUCUCCGAUUUCAGAACUAACAGAAACACGAGGUUUGAGUUUGAACAUUACGGAGAGGAAACAAAAUCGAGGAACUAUGUGUUCUUUAUCGAGUUCUCUAACAUCAUCUGAAAGCUCCGAGAGAAAAGAGGAAAAACAAACCGUAAACGAGGCAGAGAACACUCCGAAUUACAAUAGUGUUUCAGUUGAAUUGCCAUUAAUGGAUAUCGGUACUAAUGAUGGAGCUAGUGCGAGAAAAAGACGCGCUGUUACUGAUUUUGAUUGUGGCUGUGUUGAUCAACCAGAUGGAAAAUUUUAUGGCAAAAAAUUGAAGGAAUCUGAGGUGUCACAAAUGCUUGACUUGAACAGCAAGUAUGAGAGGGAGAUUGAGUCAAGUUCAUUAGAAAUAGAUUUAAAUUGCAGUUCAAGUUUUUAGGUAGAAUGAAGAUGUUUUCUAGUAAUAAUAAUAUUUACAUGUGUAACAAAGUUAUUAUUCUCAGGAGAAAAUCUGUGUAUAAACUAUGUAUAUUUUAUAAUGAAAAGAAAGAAAAAGUAUAGUACUUAUAUGACA